AGGAAGAGGAGGAAGACCAUCGGAUCCGUGAGCUGCGGGUGGCGUUGCUCUCCAACUUGGCCUUGGCCUCCUCGCGGCAGAAGAAGUUCCGCCCUGCAGUGAACUUUUGCGAGGAGGUGUUGCUGGAAGAGCCGGGCAAUGUGAAAGCGCUGUAUCGGAAAGCAGAUGCCUUGGGGGAGCUGUGCGAUUGGCAUGAAGCUGAAGAGGCUGCUGACCAGCUGCAGCAGAAGGGCGGGGAGGAGGGCGCUAAGUUGGCCCAGCAGAAGAGGGACGAGUGGAAACGCCGGCAGCGCCAAGCUGAUGACCAACAGAAGAAGAUGUGGUCGGCUGCUUUGGAGAAGGAGAAAGCUGCCGAGAAGGCGGAGAAGGCCGAGAAGGCGGAAAAAGCUGAAGCAGAUGCCAAGGCCAAGCCGAAGGAGGCGAAGCCCAAAGUGGCACUGGAAGCCUGGAUGCCCUCAAAGGUGGAGGCUAUGAGCCCAUUUGACCUGCGGAAGAAGAUGAUCGAGUGGCAGGAGGAAGAUGACUUCAGCGACAAGAUCUGGAAAGAGUCCCUAGGCCGCAAGGAGGCGAGCUUCUACCAGAAGCGCGCCUUGCCCUUGUCCCUGCUGGCGGGCUGCGCGCUCGCGGAGAUGGAGCUGCCGAAGCUCUCGGACCUGGUGGUGCAUUGCAUUCUGGAUGGCAACUUGGCGCCCUUCUCCGACCCUCACGACUGGAGCAUAUUUCUGAAACGAUGUCCUGAAGUGCGCAGCAUGCUGGUGAUCUAUAUCGACAUCGGUGCGGUGGCCCUGGACAAGGACGGCAGACCACCGCCCACCUACGGCAUGCUGCUGCCUCCCUCGGAGGAGGGUCGUUGCGGCGACCGGGUGGCCCGGGCUGCACGCUUCAUGGGCACCUACCAGGAGUUCAAGAAGCAUUGCCGUGAUCUACCCGGCCUUGUCCGUCCACACGUGGCCUUGUGGGCAGAUGUACCCCUCUACGGUUUUCAUGAUGAAGACUUCAGCAUUCGAUUGCAGGCCUUAUCGCAGCUGCGGGAGGAGGGCAUCAGCAUGGUCUUCACCUUUGGCCACGAGGUGCCCGGCCUGCCUGGUGGCCCGGCGCUCAAGCUCGAGGACGUGGCCAAGGAGUCCAUGGCCAUCCUGGCGCUCUCUGGGCUGGGACUUCGGAAGCUCACUGCCUGGCAUUGGAACCGCUUCGUGGUGCCAUUGGACCGCGGGCCUCAUGGGAUCUUAGCCGGGCACGCCUUGCUGAGCGUUUGGAAGCCUGGCAAGACUGCUGAAGGAAGCGCCGCUCCGACGGUGUCCGUCGUGAAGGAGGCGCUGAAGCGUCGCGGUGUCGCCCUGACCGCUGUGAAGCCUCCGGGACCUCCCAAGCAGUUCGACCAAAAGUUCGUGGAGAUGCGAGACAAGCAGUGGCAGGCAUUUUGCCAACACCUUCAGAUGCAAGGAAGGGUUCCAGCGGGUCCUGGGGCCAAUGAAGAGGAAAAGCGCCGACAAAUGAUCGAAUGGCGUCAGUUCGUCGGAGGUGAGUGAGUGAAGUGGCCCAAGCGUGCGGCCUGCCAAAACGUGCUUGGAAGCCGAGGAGUGGCAGGUCUCAAGGUGUGAGGGCUAGAGUUGGUACCAGCUCGGUCAAAUCUAUCGCCAGCUUGGUGAGUAGCUAUAUUGGUGAAGCCGCCCCUCCGCCUUUGGCACGAACUUGCUAAGCCGAAGCCAACUUAGUGCUGCCAGGGGGGAGAGGUGGUGUCACUGCGACCCACAGGUCGCAGAAGCGCAGCCGAGGAAGAAAAGAAGAGUCCAGGGUCGCUGCGGCUCGAGGUUUGGGCGACUUACUCGGCCG